UUUGUGUACGACGCGGGUUUAACCUGUAUUAAAUUACACAACAUUGAAAACACGUGAACAUGAUUAAACUCAUAUUUAUAUAAACGCGGAAAAUAAAUGUUUUGUGCUAAAACUUCGAUCGCUUGUGUCGAUACAGUUUGUCAAUGAGGUAAUAAUUUUGUUUAUUUAAAAAAUAUAGCGUUUUAUUUGGACUUUGACACAUUGCAGCGAGCUUCGAGUUUUGGUUUAAAUUGCUCAUUCAAUUUGCGUUCAUUACGUGUUUCUGUAUUUGAAAUGACCGAACGAUAUCGGAGAGAAUUACUAGACUGUAAAAAGAAGCCUGGAAACAAUGUUUGUGCCGAUUGUGGGGCGCCCGAACCAGAGUGGACUUCGACGAAUCUUGGUAUUUUUAUCUGCAUAAACUGUUGUGGUGUUCACAGACGCUUGGGAACAAGUAUUUCUAUAGUUAGAAGCCUUCUUCUUGAUGCAUGGACUGACGACAAACUCAAGGUUAUACGGGAGAAAGGCAAUGAACUGUCAAACAAGAUAUGGGAAAAACAAGUGCCUGUGUGCUAUCGAAGACCUGACAUCAGUUCUCCUCAGGUUUUGAGGGAGCAAUGGAUUCGUUCAAAGUACGAACGGCGGGAGUUUGUAGAAGGAGCACCCCCUCCGUCUUAUUUGACAGGUGAAAAAGAGGGCCUCUUGCUUAAACGCGGUAAAAACAAUGGCAAUUGGCUUCCUCGAAAGUUCAUUCUCUCUGUGAAAAACAAUUCCUUCGCCUACUUCAUCAAACCAACUGAUCUACAGCCCAGAGAUAUUUGGUUAUUGAAUAAAAUCAACGCGGUGUUUGCUGACGAUAAAGCCGAGAAGCCAAACUGUCUGCAGAUUAUGAAUACGAUUGAUGGCAAAACAAGGAGUUUGUUCAUUGCUGCUGAUACAGGCAAGGAAAUAGUCGAAUGGUACAUGACAAUACGCUAUGCUAAAUUGAAAAUGUUGAAAGCUGGCAAUGUCGAUGUCGAUGAAAAAGAGUUGGUAAAGAUAACGACGAAAGAUUUUGUUCGUGAAGGAAGUGUUUCAAAACGAGGACCAAGGGAUAAGGGUUGGAAAGACAGAUGGCUUUGUGUAGAUGGUCGUCGAGUUAUGUACUUAGAGAAAGCAACGGACGCGUUCCCGAAAGGCGAAUUUGUAUUAGGCACGAAAGGCUAUGACGUCACCUCGGGUUUUAACGAAUACGAGGCCCCGCUCGGCUACGGCUUUUCGAUUCACACACCAGAUCGAGUUUACGAAUUCAGUGCUGGCACGGAGGACGAACGCGACGAGUGGGUUAAAGAUUUGAAGAAAAUAGUAUCAACGUCAUUAACGGAAGAAGAUAGAAAAGCAAUUACGUUGAGCGAAGAUUUAGAAAGAAAAAAAUCUCAACAAAGUUCGUUAUCCAGAAUAAGUCAAAAAUUUUCAUAACAUAUAAAUUAUAUUAAUCUUUAUAUUAAUCUUUAUAUUUAUAUAUAUGUUUUUGUAUAUGAUGCACCUAAAAGUCAAAUGCCUUCAGACUUAUAUUCAAUAAACCAAGUCGCCAAAUAUACAGUAGCGACAAUAGUUCAUGUUGCAAAAUGUAUGUAAAUUUAUUGUACUGUCGUAUAGGAAAAGAGUCGUGUCUAUGAUAAAUACCACACACAAAUUUUAUAUUUAUAACCGCAGAAUUUUAUUCACUUUUAAUUGAUAAACCAUACAAUCGUUGAUUUGUAAACAUUUUCGCUCGUGUAACAAGGCAUGUUGAUGUUUUAUAAAAUAUUUAUGAAAUAUAGCCGUUUUACAAUUGAA